GUUAAGUGUCUGACUGCUCACCGAGGAAGAGGAGGAGGAAGCGGAGGUGGGAGAGCGGGUCGAUGCGUCAGUCGAUGCUGCUGCUGAUGAUGAUGGUGAUGGUGAAGAAGAUGAAGAUUGCGCUGCUCGGCGGUCCCUUGACAUCUUGAGAAGAGCUCCUGUUGGGGGAGAGGGGCGAUGGGAGACGGGGGCCCCCUCCAGGCGGAAGGCAACGCCCUCCUCAAAGCCGUCUUCCAGGGCAAGCUGAGGCUAACCCGCCUGCUGCUGGAAGGCGGCGCCUACAUCAACGAGGGCAAUGAGCUCGGCGAAACCCCCGUCUCCGUCGCCUGCUUGGCAAACUACGAGGAUCCCCAGACGCGGCACAGGAUGGUGCGCUACCUGCUGGAGCAAGGCGCCGAUCCCAACAUCCCCGACAAGAGCGGGAGGACGGCCCUGAUGCACGCCUGCGCCAAGCCAGCCGGUAAGGAGGUGGUCUCGCUCCUGCUGCAAAACAGGGCAGACCCCAGCCUCAAAGACUAUUCGGGAAGCUCCGCUCUCAUGCACGCCCUCAACAGGGGCGACCGUGACACGCUGCAGAUCCUGUUGGACUUCUGCAGGGCCAAAGGCAAGGAGGUCAUCAUCAUCACAACGGACACGUCUCCGUCCGGGACCAAAAAGACAAAGCAGUACCUCAACUCUCCUCCGUCUCCGGGCGUCGCCGACAAGUCAUCCCCCGCCUGCAUGUCGCCGUCGGAGGUGGAGAUCGCCACCUCGUCGCCGGCAGAAGACGGAAUGUUCAGCUUCGCCGUGGCCUCCGCAUUGCCCCUGACCUCCACCGCCCGACCCCACGGAGACAAGAGGCCGCCCCCCCGCAAGUUGCUCAAGAGGCUGAACUCGGAGCCGUGGGGCCUGGUGGCGCCCUCGGUGUCGUGCGCGGUCAACCAGGAGGGUGUGAGGGGGCGCCUGGAUGAGGAGGAGGGCAGCUGCGACCUGAGCAGAGCACUGAUACAAAUGGACGGGCUGCGCCUCGCCGAGCCGGCGAGACCCCUGUUGUCACGGCGACACAGCAUCGAGACUCACGACCCUUGCUCGGUCAAAGUCGUGGACCAGACCUCCUUCGAAGACUGCGCUGCGCCGUCCUGGGAUGACCAGGUCCAUCAGCACCAAGUCCUACACCGCAGGAACACGGCGCCAGAGUCCCAGGAAAAGACCGGACCACCUAGCGUCGGAGCCGCACAGUUCCUGCCUCACCCCAAACUCCCCCGUGUGGAGCACUCGGAGUCAGACAACCACCUGAGUCCAGAAUCCAUCCCGGGGUCCCCUGACUCCGGGCGGGUGUCUGUGGAGCGCAGGAGGUACAACGCGUCCCCUCUGUCCUUGGUCACCAGUUCCUCUCGGGAGUCUCUUGAAAACAUCCCCAACUCCGUGUCUCCCAUCAGCGUGCGCCGACGCACCCCCGGGCUCCUGGAGCGCCGCGGCUCCGGCACCCUACUCCUGGACCACAUAUCGCAAACAAGGCCCGGUUUCCUGCCGCCGCUCAACAUCAACCUCCAUAGACCCAUCCCAGACAUCCGGCCCGGCAGCAAACCGCCCUCUCCGGUCCACGGCGGACACAAGAUCCUGAUUCCCGUGGCCCCGGCCUCGCCAAAACGGGGUCCAGACUUCAAGACCAAGAAGAAGCUGCUGAGAAGACACUCCAUGCAGACAGAGCAGAUGAAGCAGCUCUCCACCUUCCAGGAGAUCCUGGCUGAGAAGGUCAUCGAGUCCAACGGAGACUGAAGCCAAAUGUUUUGAUUCCGUGCCAACAACAAACUUUUGGACCAACACUUUUUGGACAUGCGCCUAUUUUUACGUGUUUGGUCAUUGAAAUGACUUAUUGCAGUACUUGGUACUACGUUUACGUAUCUUAGCAAAUUGACUGAUUGCAGUACUUGGUACUACAAUUACGUAUUUUAGCAAAUUGACUGACUGCAGUACUUGGUACUACGUUCACGUAUUUUAGCAAAAUUAAUUUCAGUACUUAGUAGUACGUUUACCCAUUUUAGCAAAUUGACUGAUUUCAAUACUUGGUACGUUUAUGUAUUUGAGCAAAUCGACUGAUUAUAUUAAUUGGUACUACGUUUACCUAUCUUAGCAAAUUGACUGAUUGCAGUACUUGGUACUACAUUUACAGAUUUUAGCUAAUUGAUUUCUGUACUUGGUACCACGUUCACCUAUCUUAGCAAAUUGACUGAUUGUAGUACCUGGUACAACAUUGACUUAUUUGAGCAAAUUGACUGAUUUCAGUACUUGGUACUGCAUUUACGUAUUCUAGCAAAUUGACUGAUUUUAGUACUUGGUACUACGUUUACGUAUCUUAGCAAAUUGACUGAUUGCAGUACUUGGUACUACAUUUACAGAUUUUAGCUAAUUGAUUUCAGUACUUGGUACCACGUUCACCUAUCUUAGCAAAUUGACUGAUUUCAGUACCUGGUACAACAUUGACUUAUUUGAACAAAUUGACUGAUUUCAGUACUUGGUACUGCAUUUACGUAUUCUAGCAAAUUGACUGAUUUUAGCACUUGGUACUACGUUUACAUAUUUGAGCAAUUUGAGUGCUGUACUUGGUACUACGUUUACGUAUCUUAGCAAAUUGACUGAUUGCAGUACUUGGUACUACGACUACGUAGCUUAGCAAAUUGACUGAUUUCAGUCUACUUCAGUACUAUGUUUACAUUUCUUAGCAAAUUGAUUUCAGUACUUUGUACUACGUUUAUGUAUUUCAGCACAUUGAUUUUUGUAGAUGGUACUACCUUUAUGUAUCUUAGCGAAUUGACUGAUUUCAGUACUUGGUCCCAAGUUUACAUAUUUUAGCAAAAUUGAUUUAAGUACUUGGUACUAUGUUUACGCAUUUUACCAAAUUGAUUGAUUGCAGUACUUGGUACUAUGUUUCGGUAUUUGCGCAAAUUGACUGAUUGCAGUACUUGGUAUUACAUUUACGUGACUUAGCAAAUUGACUGAUUGCAGUACUUGGUAUUACGUUUACGCAUUUAACCAAAUCGACUGAUCGCAGUACUUGGUACUACGUUUACACAUUUUAGCAAGUUGAUUUCAGUACUUGGUACUACGCCUACGUAUUGUAGCAAAUUGAGUAAAUUCAGUACUUGGUACUACGUUUACGUAUUUUAGCAAAUUGACUGAUUUCAGUACUUGGUACUACGUUUACAUAUCCUAGCAAAUUGGCUGCAAUACUUGGUACUACGUUUCCGUAUCUUAGCAAAUUGAUUGCAGUACUUGGUAUUACAUUUACAUAUUUGAGCAAAUUGAAUGAUUGCAGUACUUGGUAUUACAUUUACAUAUUUGAGCAAAUUGAAUGAUUGCAGUACUUGGUACUCCGUCAACGUAUUCGAGCAAAUUGAUUUCAGUACUUGGUACUACGUUUACGCAUUUGACCAAAUUGACUGAUCGCAGUACUUGGUACUGCUUUUACGCAUUUGACCAAAUUGACUGAUUGCAGUACUUGGUACUACGUUUGCGUAUUUGAGCAAAUUCACUGAUGUGAAGUACUUGAUAGUUGAUACUAUCUUCACUUAUGUUAGCAAAUUGACGCAUUGCAGUACUUGAUAUUACAUUGAAGAUCUUUAGCAAACUGACUAAUUUCAGUGCAUUAUAUUACAAACUGACAGAUUGCAGCACUUGGUACUAUGUUUACAUAUCUUUAGCAACCAGACUGAUUGCAGUACAUUGUACUAAGUUAACGUAUUUUAGCAAACAGAUGCAGUACUAUGUACUACGUUAACAUAUUUUAGCCAAAUGAUUGAUUCCAGUACUUUGUACUACGUUAAAGAUCUUUAGCAAACUGACUGAUUGCAGUACUUUGGACCAAGUUUACAUAUUUUAGCAAACAGACUGAUUGCAGUCGUUGAAAUUAUGUUAACGUAUCUUUAACAGACUGCUUGCAGUACUUUGUACUAAGUCUGUUUGCUAAAUAUACUUAAACAUAGUACCAUGUGCUAAGAUACGUAAACAUUGUUCAAAGUACUGCAAUCAGUCUGUUUGCUAAAUAUUUUUAACGUAGUACAAAGUACUGCAACAGUCUGUUUGCCAAGAUACGUAAACUUGGGACAAAGUACUGCAAACAGACUGAUUGCAGUACUUUGUACUAUGUUACAGAUCUUUAGCAAAUUGACUGAUUGCAGUACUUUGUACUAUGUUUACGUAUCUAAGCACAUGGUACUACGUUUAAGUAUAUUUAGCAAACUGACUGAUUGCAGUACUUUGUACUAUGUUCAUGUAUCUUAGCACAUGGUACUACGUUUAAGUAUAUUUAGCAAACAGACUGAUUGCAGUACUUUGUACUAAAUUUACGAAUCUUGGCAAACAGACUGAUUGCAGUACUUUGUACUAGGUUUACGUAUCAUAGCAAACAGACUGAUUGCAGUGCUUUGUACUAAAUUUACAUAUCUUAGCACAUGGUUCUACGUAGAGUAUAUUUAGCAAACAGACUGCAGUACUUUGUACUAAGUUUACGUAUCUUAACAGACUGAUUGCAGUACUUUGUACUAAGUUUACAUAUCUUAGCAAACAGACUGUUUCAGUACUUUGUACUACGUUAAAGAUCUUUAGCAAACUGAUUGCAGUACUUUGUACUACGUUAACAAUAUUUAGCAAACAGACUGAUUACAGUACUUUGUAUUAUGUUUACGUAUCUUAGCACAUGGUACUACGUUUAAGUAUAUUUAACAAACAGACUGAUUGCAGUACUUUGUACUAAAUUUACGUAUCUUAGCACAUGAUACUAUGUAGUGUAAAUUUAGCAAACAGACUGCAGUACUUAGUACACAGUACUGCAAUCAGUCUAAGAUACGUAAACUUAGUACAAAGUUUACAUAUCUUAGCAAGCAGACUGUUUCAGUACUUUGUACUAAAUUUACGUAUCUUAACAGACUGAUUGCAGUACUUUGUACUAAGUUUACAUAUCUUAGCAAACAGACUGUUUCAGUACUUUGUACUAUGUUAAAGAUCUUUAGCAAACUGAUUGCAGUACUUUGUACUACGUUAACAAUAUUUAGCAAACAGACUGAUUACAGUACUUUGUACUAUGUUUACGUAUCUUAGCACAUGGUACUAUGUUUAAGUAUAUUUAGCAAACAGAUUGAUUGCAGUACUUUGUACUAUGUUUACGAAUCUUAGAACAUGGUACUACGUUUAAGUAUAUUUAACAAACAGACUGAUUGCAGUACUUUGUACUAAAUUUACGUAUCUUAGCACAUUAUACUAUGUAGUGUAAAUUUAGCAAACAGACUGCAGUACUUAGUACACAGUACUGCAAUCAGUCUAAGAUACGUAAACUUACUUAGUACAAAGUUUACAUAUCUUAGCAAGCAGACUGUUUCAGUACUUUGUACUAAAUUUACGUAUCUUAGCACAUGGUACUACGCAGAGUACAUUUAGUAAACAGACUGCAGUACUGUGUACUAAGUUUACGUAUCUUAGACUGAUUGCAGUACUGUGUACUAAGUUUACAUAUCUUAGCAAGCAGACUGUUUCAGUACUUUGUACUAAAUUUACCUAUCUUAGCACAUGGUACUCCACAGAGUACAUUUAGCAAACAGACUGCAGUACUUUGUACUAAGUUUAUUUAUCUUACAGACUGAUUGCAGUACUUUGUACCAAGUUUACAUAUCUUAGCAAACAGACUGAUUUCAGCAUUUGGUACUAAGUUUAAGUAUAUUCAGCCAACAGACUGAUUGCAGUACUUUGGACUAUGUUACAGAUCUUUAGCAAACUGACUGAUUGCAGUACUUUGUACUAUGUUUACGUAUCUUAGCACAUGGUACUACGUUUAAGUAUAUUUAGCAAACUGACUGAUUGCAGUACUUUGUACUAUGUUUACAUAUCUUAGCACAUGGUACUACGUUUAAGUAUAUUUAGCAAACAGAAUGAUUGCAGUACUUUGUACUAAGUUUACGUAUCUUAGCAAACAGACUGAUUUCAGUAUUUGUUACUAAGUUUACGAAUCUUAGCAGACUGAUUGCAGUGCUUUGCACUAAAUUUAUACAUCUAAGCAAACAGACUGUUUCAGUAAUUUGUACUAUGUUAAAAAUCUUUAGCAAACAGUAUAUUUAGCAAACAACCAGUCAGGGCACAGUGGUUUCUACCUGAAGCUAAAAAGUGUUUGGUUGCAGAAGAGGUCAAGCAUAAAGUCUCCGCCCACUGGACUAAAAAUAAUUCAGGGUUGAUGUUUCGGACCUACAGUUGCUCCGCCCACACCAAGAAAACUGCAGUUAUUUUAUUAAAAGGUGCUGCGGGCUAAAGGCAAACAUAAUAUGAACUUUUCUCCACCACCAGAGGGCGCUCAAAGCUCCAUCUCAGCCGUCCAAAAACACACACAAAAAAGA